GGAAUCGUCUGUCUAUGAAAUGAUUACUUAGAGUCGAGUACACUCGUCUGGACAGCUGAGCAAUGAUUAAUGCAAACGUGGAAAAUUUUGUCAGUUGUUACGUGGAAACACUACAAAUUGUUCCACAACGAAUGCAGGCCGAGAUAAGCGCAUAUUUACAAUCGGACCUACAACAUCUGCGUCUGAUGAGUUUGUGCAAACGGUAUGUGAACGACCUGUGCAGAUCUUCUUCUUCUCAAGAGAGAAAGAGUUUGGUUCAGCAGCUAAUUUUUUGCUUGAGUGCAAUUCAAGAUAUAUGUGAUCGAAGAGCUCCCAUGAUCAACGAGAUGCACGAAAUUCUCGAGACACAGACGCAGCAAUUACUGAUGUUGCAAGCGAAACUGAAGUCAGAAAACACGCAGUCUUCUGCACCCAGCACUGCAAUCAACAUGGAGAGCGAGGUGAAUAUUGAAGAUGUAGAUAAUGCGAACGAACCAGGAACUUCAGAAAGUACAAGCAAACAUACUACUUACGCUGCUGCUGAGAGUGAACUUCAGUCCCGUGUUACAUCCUGCAGACGUAAAUCGCGACUGUCCCAGCGCACUGCGCCUAACACUGGCAGACUUUCUCGUUCUCGUCACGCUCUCGGCCGGCUGGACAAUACCGGAUCUCAUCCGAUCGGAAGACAUAAAUCCAUGUUUCGGUCUAUUAAACGUAACUGUGCAAAGGAGUCACAUCUGAGAGAGCACACAAGCACUGAGGUUAGACACGGCAAACUUGCGCGGGUGUAUCCACGGUACUCUCGUGCUCGUCAGCAGCAGCAGCGACAGCAACAACAACAACGUCUUAAGAAGCAACGUGCUCUUUCAACCGUCGACAGAACAAGCACUAACCGCGCUAUUCUUAUGCGUGAAGGACGACGCAACGUACCAGAAGCUAUCGCUGGCCCACGGUAUUUGAAAACUGGCAAGCGCCUAGGCUACAGAGUUUCCCGUUUGGACGUUUCCUGUCGCUCAUCCAAUCGCACUGACUGGUCAAACAUGGAACGCUACUAUUUCGAAGAUGACGGUCAAAACACUCGCUCUGCCAGCAAUGAUUCUAUAGACGGAGGAAAAGUUAAAAUCAGCGGUAAUCCUGGUGGCACUCGGAACAGUACUGCUCGCGCUUUUGGGACUCUCUGUGAGUCUUCAUGGACUAAUGAAGAUGGUCGCUCUUCCGAUGAACUGGAUGCAAGCGAGAAUACGGACGAUAAUGACACCGAGACGGCACCAUUGCAUAUCCGAGAGAUCAGACCUUACUACUGCAAAGAUCAAGGAUCACUGACUUCUUCGUCAUCGAUUGAUCCCACCGGCCCUCAAAGCAAACUUUAUCAUUCUGGCCGACGAACUCCUUACCGUCAAAAGAAGUCCACUAGCGAUAGCGGAAAAUUUGACCCAGCAUCCGUAGAAAGCGGUGGUGCUCAGGUCCUUGAUCCAGAUGUUGCCAGCAUCCGGCGACAUUCGGGUGGACCCGCCUAUCUUCGUGACACUGGCUUGUCUAGUAGGCGCAGGGAUAGAAACUACAACUUAGCUCAACAAUACUCUAAACCCAACGCUCCCCACUCGCCUGAUCAAUCACUGAGGCAUUCCGCUUCUCAAUCGGGUAGCCCAAGAUUCAAGGGUGCACUUGGCAUGCGUAGCCCUGUUAGGCAUGCUAGUGACAUCGGCGAUGUCAGUCCCGACGAAAGACUGUAUUGCUUGUGCAAAAAGGUUUCAUUUGGCGAUAUGAUUGCUUGUGACAACAAGCACUGCGCGGUGGAAUGGUUCCACUUCGCCUGCGUGGACAUUCGUGUGCAACCAAAGGGUAAAUGGUACUGCCCCCUUUGCCGUGGUGAAUCAUCAAAAGUGAAGCGCACGGAUGUUUAAGUUUUCUUUUUCCACAAAAUGUUACCGUUGCAUAUUCAAGUAUUAACUUUGUAUUCAAAAGUUUAUAUCUGUAUCACUUUUGUAUUUGGCUUGUAAUGCAUGUAGACAAAGAUGUAAAAAAAACUAACAAUUCAAGUAGGUUUUACUACGUACGUCUUUCCUGUUUCUUCCCGUUUAACUCGCAUACAGUUUACCGAAGCUUUCCAUGCUC